AAAGCGUCUGCAACCCGGAAGUGGAACCAAACUUUAGCUCGUAGCUGUAGCACAACAACAAAACAACGACCAUCAGAGCCACGCUGAAACCCCAUCGCCAGUCUCCACGUUAGAAUGGAGCUGUAGGCAGGACUUUCAAAGAGAGCGCUGAGGAAUGGUCUGACUGCAGCAGUCAACAUGCACAGCCGUCUGCAGGAGCUGAAGAAGGAAGAGGAGACUCUCCUCAAAAUCAAAGUCAUGCUACAAGACCAGCUGAACAGGUUGAAGUUUGAAGAAGGAGCAUUGAAGUCUAUAAUAAAUGCUCAAACAGAAGGGGGAGCCUCUCAGCGUUGGUCCCCGGAACCUGAGGUUCACAUUAACGUUGAUGACGAGAGCGAGAUCAACCGAACCAAGCUGCUACUGAACGCUGCUGUGGAUUGUGACAUGGAGGAGGACGAGGAGGAGGAAGAUGAAGAUGAAAAUGAGGAGGACGAAGAAGGAGAAGGUGACCAAGAGCUUGAGUUUAUGCCCGAAGAGGAUGAGGACGAAGACGAUUACUGAGAUUCACGAUCGGUGGUUUACUUGUUCUCCUGUUUCGUAUCAUUUGUCGGGAAGUUUAAUUUAUUUGGACGGAUUGAGUUACAGUUCCAGUGUAGUUAUGUGUGGUGCUAGCAACACGCUCUCUUUUUUUUGUCAGGGUUGAAGGCACAUCAGCAGAAUCUCAAACAGUGUACGUCAUGUUUGGAAAUUGAUGCAGUGAGACAGUGUUAUUGAGUGCUUCUAGAUUAUUAAGCAUAUUGUGCAUUUUAGACAAUAAGAAAGAGAGCAGCAAUUCACUCAAGAAUCCAAAAUACAGAAGUGUUGGUAUGUGUUUGUGGAUGAAAAUAUAUGGCUGGGCCAUAUGAGAACCUAGUAUGUAUGCAUUAAGUAAGAAAUGAUCAUUGUAAGCACAAAAUAAAUGUUUUGCAUAUGU